UAUUAUUAUGUGUUGUAUCUAUUCUGUACCUAUGUGCGAGUGUACAAUCGUAAUGUGUGUGUUUAAAUUGACUUGUACUAUUUUUUUUCGUUUUAUUAUUUUUUGCUGUACACAAGAUUAUCCCUCGAACGUAUACCGCACUGUAUAUAAUAUAUGUAAAAACCUACCUUAUAUAAUAAUAUUAUUACGUUUACGGGAAUAAUUCUUCUCGUGACCGGUCCGUGUUUGAGCAUAAUGUGUGUACAUAAUAAUAUAGCAUAUUAUAAUAAUAUAAUAAUCAUCAAGAAAAGACACACCUGCGUUUUAUGUUAAUUUCCGUUCGCCUACACCUUGCUUCGUAGUAGCCAGGCGAACGAGCGCCACAGAUGAGGCUUGUAUUGUCGUAUGGGUAUAUUAUAAUGGCCAGAAGAAUGUCGUGUGUGGCAGCUGUGGCGGUCGUAUUCGUGGUACUCCAAAUCACCGGCGGCCAGCUGCAUCAGUCGCCGAACGAAGAUCCGCUGCAACGGCAUGAAGAUGUUGUUCAGCGACAAGUGAAUGGCGGUGGAGAUGGUGAAUGGAAGUGCCCGGAAGUGCGGAACGUGUCGUGCGCUUGCGAUCUACCACACACGUUACGUUGCACCGGCGGCAAGUCGACGUUCGAGACAGUGGCCAAGGCGCUCAGACAUCUGUCCGGUACGUCGUCAAUAUCACUUCUGGACUGCACCGUGCAGAACGUGGGCUCGCUGCCGGCCAGGAUGCUCGAUGGUGUCUCGCUACACGGGUUAGUCGUGUCCUCCGGCGAGAUAAAGUCCGUAUCGGACGCCGCGUUCGACGGGCUCAAGUCUCCGCUCCAAGCACUUGGCCUGCCCAACAACCAGCUCGAACGGGUUCCCAGCUCGGCGUUGGCCAUGCUCAGCGGUCUCGAACGGCUCGACCUGUCCCACAACCGUUUGCACACCGUUCACAACAAUUCGUUCAAGGGAUCUCCGAAUCUGACGUUUUUAGAUUUGAGCAAUAAUUCUAUUCAUUUCAUCAGUCCAGACGCAUUUGUUAAUUUACCGUUUUUGAAAGUGCUUCGACUCCAAAACAAUCUACUUACAUCAGCUUCAACUUCCCAUCUUCAAGGGCUCCGAUCGUUGGUCGAAUUAGACCUCAGUUCUAAUCUGCUAGCCGGUCAAUUGGGCCCCAGCACAUUACCUAGGUUGCCAAACUUACAGGUCAUAUCGCUGGCACAUAAUCAGCUCAACAGCGUUAGACGUGGAUCAUUUGCUGGACUCGAGGGCAUCGUGUCUCUGACGCUUAAUCACAACCAGAUCGACGUACUCGAGGAUCACGGUUUCAGAGCGGUGCCUACACUGUCCCAUUUGGACUUGGCCAACAACCGCAUCGUGGCAGUGUCUAGUGCUUCACUCGCCCAUCUGACCAAACUUAAAACGCUUGACUUGUCACACAACUUCCUGAGGAGUUUGACGUCUGAUCUCAUCGUACCACUAAAGAGCAUCCAAGUUAUAAAGCUAGACGAUAACGACAUAUCAAUCGUGGCUGAAGGCGCACUGAACACCGGCAACCACAUAACGAGCAUCUCUUUAUCAGACAACCCUUUGAAUUGCGACUGCAGUCUACUGUAUUUCGCGAGUUGGCUGUCCAAUCAUAACGCUACUCACGCAGCCGGCGACACGGCCGUGUGCGCAACUCCACCGUCGCUGGAGAACGGUCUACUCCAGGAUCUACCCGUGUCCAAGCUGACGUGCGGCGGCGAGGACAGCGUGCCGCCGCCCGAAGGUCCACUCGCUUCAAUGCAACCGUAUUCCGGUACGAAAAUCUCGCUGCGCUCCUACCAGUUCGACGGCAGCCGCAUCAGCCUGGGCUGGACUGUCGUAGCGCCGGUCAUAUCGUACUACUGCAACGCUCUAGUCAUCUACGAGGACGUCGGAAACCACGAAGUAUUGCUCGACUCGAAACCGGUCAGAUGUAAUUCGUCUCAGUUGCCCGAUCCCAAGAGUUUGACGCUAUCGUUAUCGGCUAACGAACUACAGCCGACGCACAGUUACAGGUAUUGCGUGGUACUGGUGGAGGGAUACACGACCGACAAAUCGGACGAAUCGGUUAUGGUGCUGGGCUGCAGCGACAUCAUACCUCUGGUGCCAAACGCUAACCAAGCGGUGCAGCUCAACAAUCGGGCGGCGGCAACGGGGGCCGCAGACCCGCCCGACAUCCAAAACCUGACCACGUCGUUCGUGCCGCCGUCGUCGCUGUUCGUGGCAGUACACCUGUCGGCUGUGCGACCGGACGCCGGCAAGUGCACGAUAACGGUGUCCGUGUACACGAUGGGCAGGCCCCUGGCCCACCACCGGUUGAACUGCACGGCGCCCUGGACCACGGUCGCGGAUCUGCCGGCCGAGCGGUCGUACCAGGUGUGUGCCAGCAUCGGUUCCAAGUUCCCCAAGGACGACGAGGAGACCAUGGUGUGCACGUCGGUGGACGGCGGCGGGGGCGGCGUAGGAGGUGGCGGCGGCGGCGGCCCGGCCGAUUGGUUGUUCGCUGCGCUGGGCGCCAAAAGCUACGCGUUUUUGUUGUCGGCCACGUUCACGGCCGUCGUGUUCCUGUUCGUGUUGCUGGCCUACAGGACUGCGUGCCGGGCGUGCAGUAACAAGAAGCGGACCGGCCGCGCGAACGCCGUCCAAACGCAUCAGUGCUUCUUGCCAGUGCCGCCGCCCGACAACGGCACCAACCGGCCCAGGUACGUGAAACUUCAGGCCACCACCGUCCUGUAACAAGCAGAUUGGUUCGUCGCUUUUGCAGCCGAAGUCGACCGCCACCCGCGCCCGCGGAACAUUGUAAACGUAUAACGUACUUAGUUUUUAAGUUUGUUUUUUUGUUUUUAUCAAACCGCGCACAAGUCGGCCGAAGAGCUUAUUAUAAUGUUGUUUAAUUAGGUAUGUCAGCUAUUCUACGUGCCAUAUCGAUUGUUAACUAAGACCUUUUGAGUUUUGAUAAAUUGCCACAUCAAUUAACAUGUAUACCAUGCGAUAAAUAUGUCCGUUGACGUUUACGUUCGGAUUGAUAAUGUAUCAUAUUUUCAUAUGAAGUCGUCGGAACACUUGUGAUUGCAGGUUGGAGGAUGAUAAAUAUCGACACUCCUGCUGGUGGAAUGACUGUAUUUUAUGUAGGAAGAGUUACUCUCCCCUCUGAAAACUUCACGGUUUCAAAAUUGCAAGGUCUAAACCGCGGGGAUAUACUGCGUUCCUAGUUGCCUCUACGGAAAAAAAACUAUGUAAUAUACAUGUUUUAUCAUGACGUGUCAGACAUUUUUACGUCGAUCAUGUUUAGUCCGAUGUGUCGUUAAAGUUCGAAGUCGAUGUUUUAGUAAACAUUUCUCGGUACCACUAACCUCUAUUCGACAAAAUACAUUUAUUUUUUAAGGAAAUGUAAUUGUAUGUUUGAAUAAUUGUUUUGAUAUUCAUCAUUGUCUAUCGUGUUCUAUUAUAAUAUAGGUGCAUAUUUAAUCUGAAUGAAUACUCAACAUACCGAACUUAGUUCACAAAUGUAUUUUAGGUAGGUAUUACAAUAUAAGACUGAAAUUAAUUUAACACUGUUUAACAAUGUUUA